UACCCAGUAGCUAAUGGCGGUGGUGAGUGCACUAGCCGCCAAAGUGGACAACCUGACUGCAACAGUUUCUGGUCUUAGUACCGAGUUUGCCGCCUUCAAGAACCAGCAGCACACAGUAUGCAGUGGGACCUCCACUGUGGCCCCAACCCCAUCCCUAGCCAGCGGUGCUCAACAAGGCCAAGGAGAGAGUGCCGUGUGUCAGCAUAGUCUGUGCGACCCACCCAAGAAAAAGGACAAUGCUGCAGGGCAAUGUGCAACUGCUGCUGCACCCACACCGAGGAUGGAUACCCCUGCCAAGCCAGUCAAGGGAGCCACACAACAGCCCCUGAGCCCCUCAGGGAUGGCCCCUGCUCCCCCUGCUUCAGAGAGCAAGUCACCUGUGGCAGACUGUAAGAAGGAUAAUGCAGGUGAAUGGACAUUGGUCAGCCGAAAGAAGAAGCUGUGCUUCAGCCUAAUCCCAGCCCGGACUGCCAGCCCCGAGCCAGACCAGGGACACCUGAAGACUGCCAGCCUCGAGCUAGACCAGGGACAUCUGAAGACUGCCAGCCCCGAGCCAGACCAGGGACAUCUGAUGGCAGCCAUGCAGAUGCUGAUGGAGCAGGUGUCUUGCCUGACACAGGAAGUGGAGGGCCUGAAGACACAGAUGCAACACCAUCGCGAUGAACGGUCAUUGCUGAGCGACCACUUCGCCCUGGAGACAACCCUCCCGGUGCAGUCCACCCUGGCAGUGCCCAGGAAGCACUUGACGGUGCCACCAUCCAGAAUGAUGGACCUCGUCAUCCAUGUGGUGGCAUGGUAAGCUGCCGUGAAGGGCUCCUUUGCUGAUGCAGAGGCACUGUACGACGGACUCCUGCACACCAUCGAGGGAUUCAUCGCGACUCCAAGGGUUCCAGCAAGGGCCCAUGCUCCACGCCGCUGGACUUACG